AUGGACGUCGACCACCUGCCGACGUACGACCCGCGGUCAGACGCGGCGAAGAAGGAGGCGCUGGACGCCUCGCGCGCCGACCUCGCCCGCACCCUCGUCCACCUCGUCCCCGUCGUCGUGCUCCUCUGCGGCCUCCUCCUCUGGUCGCUCUCCAACACCAACGUCCCCGAAGCGGGUGUCCUGGUAGAGAAAGGAGACGGCCACACAAUGGUCGCGCAUGUCACGAUAAUGCCACACAACAGUGGAACUGCAUCGAGCUGGAAAGGCUCAGGGAUGUUAACUGCAACAGAGGAUUCGGAUCCAAUAGACAAGGCUCAUGGAACGAAGAGGAGGGUGCUGAGAAGUGAAAUGUAGGGAGGGGACAACUCGACCAUGUCAUUGAGGAGGUGGCCAACAAGAAGAUGUUAUUGAUUAUACGUGUAUCCUCGUGUUAAGUAGUAACCUGGUGGUGCCAAUACUUAUUUUCAAACUAUUUAGUCACAUGCUGGUCUUUUUUCUUGAUUUAAUAUUGUUAUCUCUCCAUGGCUAGUUUU